UUAAAUUGCCUGGAAUUUCUCUGUAAAGAAAAUCCACACUCCAUGGAAAAGCAAAAACAGGUCUUGCGUGUUCAUGUUUUUUCAAUGACGAAUUGGAAACCUACAGACAUAUAGGCCCUACUUAGCUGUCCCUGACCUUUGAGAGAACGAGGUCAAUGGCAUAAAUUAACACAGCAGCUUUCAGUUCAAGUGUACUAUGGACAACAACAGAUCCACAACUCUGCUCAAAAACAUUCACGAAGAAAUAGUCAAGGGAUCUUUGAACGACAUUGACAUUGUCUGCGAUGACGGCCAAACAACCGGAAGUCGCCUCGUCCUGGCGGCACUCUCGCCGUACUUCCGGGCGAUGCUUACGUCAGACAUGACGGAGAGUAGGACGGGCGUCCUUCACCUUCCAUCGGUGUCUCUGUCGGUGUUUGAGAACAUUCUCAAGAUGCAGCUGUGCGGAGUGGAUCUGGUGAACGAGGACAACUGCAUCCAGAUUCUUGACGCAGCAGAGAUGAUGCAGCUCGAUGACGUCAAAGACCUCUGUCAUCGGUAUCUGCAACAAUGGCUCGAGCUGACUCCGGAAAACUGUCUCCACUGGUGGGGAUUGAUGAACCGCUACGGGUUCUCCGAUCUCACUGGCCGAGUCUUCGCCUACUUGACGGACAACCUGGCUGCGUUCAUUGAUACGGAGAAUCUGAUUCAGCUUUCAAAGGCAGAGCUGCUGGAGGUCCUUUCGAAGGACGAUUUGAAGUGCAAGGAGGACACGGUCGUCAGAGCCGUCAUGACGUGGAUCGAGGCCAACAAUCCGGAUGAUGAUGACGUCACGGCCAUGUUCGAGGCGCUGCACUUGGAUAUAGUUGAUCCGCAGGUGCUGAUAGACGAAGUGGUGUUUUCGAGCAUCGUUUCCAAAAACAGCUCCGUCCGCGGUAUGAUACAGAGGAUAUUGCACACGUACCAGCCGAGGAUAUCGCCGACUCGCUCCAACAGCCGAUUCAUAUCGAAGAGAGCCGACGUUUACGUCCUCCACCGACACGAAAACUCCCUCCUUUCGCUCUUCUCCCCGGACGGAACGUGGGUGAACCUGCCGUCUGCCCCAGUGAAUCAUGGGUACUGGUAUUCUGCUGUCAUACUUGGGGAGAAGAUUUACAUCACGGGCUGCCAGACGAAGUCCAAGUGCACGCUCGUUUACGACAUCUGCCGGAAAGCGUGGCAGACGGGCCCCGAACUCGUUUACGGCCGCUGCUUCCACUGCAUGACCGCGUUGGAUGAGAGACUGUACGUGAUUGGCGGACAGGGCACGAACACGAUAGAGGAGAUGGGAGAGAGCGCCACCCAGUGGCACGUCGUCGGGGACCUCAACCAGAACCGCGAGCACGCGUUCGCUGUCACCGUCAAUGGUGUCAUCAUGGUGAUGGGCGGGCGUACGGAGUCCGUGGGUUCGAAUCUGGUCCAGUGCUUCAACACGACCACUCGUAUCGUCUACAGUCUCAUGUCUCGUUUGCCCUGCUGUUCGAGGAUGCUGAGGGGAUCGGUCCAUCUGCCGGACGUCUAUCUCCUUGACUACGACGGAAACGUCAUGCACGUCGAGAUCACGGAGACCGACGGAAAGAUCCGGAUUGACACGAAGUCGACGGUGAAAUGGGAAUCGUUCGGCUACUGCUACGGCGUCGUGUACCGGAACGGGAGUUUGCUGUGUUUCAACAACGACGGCGUCAGGAAGUUCAACAUCGGCGACGGCAAAGAGGAGAAAGGCAUUUUUCCUAAGUCGCCUAGGCACGACCAUGUGUAUGACGUCUUGUCAUUGGAGUCAUCAAUCAUAGCCAGGACAAAUUAACCUGGCACUCGGAUUGGCAUCAGAUAUUUCUGUCAAUCCAUAUUCAGGGUGAAUAAUUAAGUUAGCAGUCAAAUUGAAAUCAGAUAUAUUUGUCAAUCCACAUUACAUGCAUUCUCAUUGGAGUCAUCAUUCAUAGUCGGGGCAAAUUAAGCUACUUGUCAAUCCAAAUUACAUGUGUGGUGAAAUAGCUAACAAUCAAAUUGAUGUGAAUGUCAAUCCUCAUUCAGGGCGAAUUAAGCUACCUCAAAUUCGAAUCAGAUAUUAUUAUCAAUACACAUGCAGGGCGAAAUUCAGUCAAAUUCAAAUCAUGUAUGACUGUUAAUCUUCAUUUAGGGCGAAUUAAGCUAGCAGUCAAAUUGAAAUCCGAUAUUUCUGUUAAUCCCCAUUCAGGGCGAAUUAAGCUACGUCAAAUUCAAAUCAGAUAGUAUUGUCAAUCCACUACUUACAGGGCGAAUUUCGCUAACAGUCAAAUUGAAAUAAGGUAUUUCUGUCAAUUCGCAUUCAGGGUGAAUUAAGCUAGCAGUCGAAUUCAAAUCAGGUAACUGAUGAUUUAUAUAUUACAGUGGUCUACUGGUGUCGUUAAACAAAAUAACUUCUUCUUUUUUUUAUACUUUCCUCCACAGACAGGAAUGAACAUAUAUCUCGACUUUGAUAUACCAGUUGUGGUGCACAGGCCUAAACGUGAGGAUGGGGGGUGGGGGAGGGGCUGAGAACAAGUGUGUGUAGAUAAAAAAAAAAUUGCAUCCAUUGGGGGAAAUCCAUCUUACGUAGCCUAGUGGUAAAGCGCUCACCUGAUGCGCGGUCGGUUUAAGAUCGAUUCCCGUCGGUGGGCUCAUUUGGGCUAUUUCCCGUUCCAGCCAGUGUACCACG